UCGUGACGACGCCUGAUGAACGAGUUGAACUAGUCGGAUCUAGCUUUUUUAUAAGGGAGGUCUCCUAAUACGGUCUCUGACGUGUGCGUCAUGUGCUUAUAUGUCUAUAUAAAUGAGAUGGCUACAAUUCUAUUAAAGUUCCGAGACUACCAUAUUACCCGUGCGUAACUUAUCACGGCGAGCUCAGCGAGUGAAAGAGAUUGCGGUAUUCUAGUCCUCGUGUCAACACGGUACCUCUUAUAACUACACCGUGUGUUCGGGCUACUUCUUACCGCUAAUCAUGGACCACCUGGCACGAAUUGAGCUGACAAAAACUUAGGCCGACUGCAGAUCCUCGUUUCCUGUAGCCUCUCGAGAUGUCGACCAGAAGUUCCUCCGCGCCAACUAUGUACUCCAAAGUCGUCGAUGUCAUUUCGAAAGCUCCGGAUGUACGGAAGGAUUUCGAGGUCCAUUCAAUUCUGCCAUGGUUUCGUAAAAAAUCACAACUGUUUCAAAAGUUAAAAACAGAUUUUCUGAAAGAUAUCAUCCGGAAUUGUCGGUUCAUUACCAAACAGAAAGAUGACGUCAUCAUAAAGCAAGGCGACCUGGGAGAAUGUUUCUACAUCAUCCUCGGUGGGAAAAUUUCCAUCUACAUCCUCAACAAGGAGGACCUGGACAACCAGGCCCCGGGGAUGGGAGAAGAAGCCCCAAUCCAGGAACUAGAGGAGGAGAGGGUGAUGAAGGUUACAGACAGGAAACAGCUGGGAAACUUUGUCUGUCAUCUAGGAGCGGGCGAGCCGUUUGGUGAGGUGGCCCUAGUCAGUGAGGACUGCGUGCGGACGGCCAGUAUCAUAGCGGAAGACACGACCGACCUUGUCGUUGUCGACCGAGCUUUGUACAACCGGUCUGUUAGAGACGUCCUCGCGCAGGAGUUCGAGGAGAAGACAAACUUCAUCAAGGCAACCCCACUCUUUUCAAACUGGGCUCCAAAGUAUCGUAAACAGCUGGCUAUGGCGAUGUACAAGGAGACAUUCCCUUACGAAUCGUGGCUCGUCAAGCAGGGAGAAAAUGUUGAAAAUAUCUAUUUUAUUAUCAGCGGCCAGGUAGAGGUACAGAUUGACCCUAGUUCUCACCCCAGGCAGUACCCCAAGCUUUUUCCGGAGGAAGAAUCCGAGUUUGGAGAAAGGAUUACACGUAAGGCGGAGAGAGUACGACCACCAGCUGAAAUCCAGUAUUCUCCAAAACAUAAGAAACGAGACAAUAGUCGGUGUAUCAAAGUGUGCUACCUUGGGAUUAAUGCUAGUAUAGGUGACACUGAAGUCCUCAUGGAGAUGAACACAUAUCUGCAGUCCGCCAUUUGUUCCGAGAAAACCGAAGUGUUGGUGCUUGAAAUGAAACAUUACGAGCGGCUUUUCGUAAAACGUCACCCAAAGACAAUCGACGCCAUGAGACGAAUUUUAGAGGUCAAAAUGGCGGCUCGGUUAGCUCUGUCCGUCAACAAGGAUCUUCCUCUCCUGGACAACUUGGUAAAAAAACUUCGGGACAUUAAUAACCCCCCUCCCAUGAAGGAGAAGCCCAAACGUGAGAUCGUGACCUACCACGAAGCAGAGAAACAGUUUCUAAAUCACAAAGGGCCGCUUAUAGACAUGUGGGGCCCCGGAAGUGUCUUUUACGCUAUACGCCUGCGGGAAAAAUUCAAAUCACGCAGGAGGUUUCACGCUCGACCAGGAGGCAUGAGAACGAGGCAGAACGUUCCCCGAGGACAACCUUUGCAGCUAGCUGCGUCAAGGAUUGCUCUCGCGCAAAGGGGAGGUAAUGCAGAUGGUGGAGUCACAACAGUGACGACUAUUGCAGCCGAAAACAAACAGAUAUCGCAUGACGCGACCGAAACCUCUAUGAGGAAUUCAGAGGAAAUCAACGAGUCUACUUUCGGACGUUUACAUGAUCAUUUGUCCCAGAAGAGUCAGACCGCUUUAGGUUUCUAUGACAACCGAGACGGUCGUCUAUCCCGUGCUGGCUCGUUAGGAGAGGGCCUUGACAGACAUUCGACUUUUAUGACGGAAAGCCGUUUACAAGCACGCCGAUUUACUUCCCCUGACGAAGAACUUUUCCUUCAGAGUCUGGAGGAGCGCAUGAGAGAAUGGCUUGUGAAAUCAAAUCCGAAAGGUCCAGUCCAAGUGCAGCAGUUAAGGCGAAUGGCGCUUCAGGUACGUUCAGACAUUAACUACAUGUAA